AUGGCGUCUGCACGUAAAACCACCAAAGUUAUCAUAGUUGGUGGAGGUGGCACUCUCGGCUCGUCCACCGCCCUGCAUCUGAUACGUCGCGGAUACACGCCAUCCAAUAUUACUAUUCUCGACACCUAUCCUAUCCCGUCAUCUCAAUCUGCUGGCCAUGACUUGAAUAAGAUUAUGAGCAUUAGAUUACGCACAAAGGCUGAUUUGCAACUAUCACUCGAAGCACUGGACAUGUGGAAGCAUGAUCCACUCUUCAAGCCCUUCUUCCAUAAUGUUGGCAUGUUUGAUUGUUCGUCGGAGGCCGAGAACAUCACAGGACUCAGAGAGUACUACCAGGCUCUUAUUGAUGCCAAUGCUGGCUUGGAUAAGACCAAUUUUUGGCUAGACAGUGAGGAUGAGAUUUUGUCCAAAUUGCCCUGCUUUACAAAGGAGCAAGUCAAGGGGUGGAAAGGAUUGUUCACUCUUGACGGGGGCUGGCUUGCAGCAGCAAAAGCUAUCAACGCGAUUGGCCUUUUUGCCAAAAACCAAGGCGUCCAAUUUAAAUCUGGCGAUGCUGGCACGUUCAAGAAGCCCUUGUUCGCCGAUGACGAAGUCACCUGUUGCGGUGUUGCAACUAUCGAUGGCUCCAGAUAUUUCGCGGACAAGGUGAUUAUGGCUGCCGGGGCGUGGACACCGACAUUGAUUGAUCUGGAGGAUCAAUGCGUUUCCAAAGCCUGGGUCUUGGCCCAUAUACAGUUGACCCCAGAGGAGGCUGCUGUGUACAAAAAUACCCCCGUGGUAUACGAUGGUUCUUAUGGUUUCUUCUUUGAGCCAAAUGAAGACGGCAUUAUCAAAGUUUGCGACGAAUUCCCUGGAUUCACACAUUUCAAGAAGCAUCAGCCAUAUGGUUCAAGCGUCCCAAAAUGCAUAUCGGUACCACGAUCCCAUGCCAGCCACCCGACGGACACCUACCCAGACGCCUCCGAGGUCAGCAUCCGUAAGGCCGUCACAAGAUUUCUGCCAGGGCUCAAAGAUAGGCCAUUUAUCAAUCGCGCGAUGUGCUGGUGCACAGACACGGCUGAUUCAAACCUUUUGGUUUGUGAGCAUCCAAAGUGGAAGAAUCUAAUUCUGGCUACGGGGGAUAGCGGUCACUCGUUCAAAAUGCUACCGAACAUUGGCAAGCACAUUGUCGAACUGAUGGAAGGAACUCUUCAACAAGAUCUGCUGAACUAUUGGAAAUGGAGACCCGGAGGUGAUGCGCUCAAAUCCACAAGAGCGGCUCCAGCAAAAGAUUUAGCAGAUAGGCCUGGUUGGAAACAUGAUGCUCGGUUGUAG